CGGCACUCGCCCUGAACGCCGUCAUUCUUCAUUUUCUCCGAAGCAGUAAAGUCUACCUUAAACGCGUCGACAAAGUUCAAUUGUUGUCCUUUUGGAAAGCUCCAGGCUCCUUUUUACCUGAUCCUGCUACUUUCUAUGAUCUUCUUUCUCUUUUUAGUAAUUUAGUCAAUAACCCUGUGUAAGGUACUUUCUUUUCUUGAUCUUUUGCAUUUUACCUUGCUGAUUAUGAAUAAAUUUCUAGAUUCAAGAACCUCAUUGAUAUCUUCUACUUUCAGACGAUCAAUUUGAUAUAUUUCCUUUAGAAUAUCUUUCUUUUGCAAUUUAAUCCCCCCCCCCCCCCUUUUUUUUUUCUCCAGUAGGGAAAGGAAGCUUGUUUCUUUUUAUGGGCUGUUGAAUUGGGUAAAAUUCAAGAUCUUGGACAGACCCUUUUGAUUUGUUGGUUAGGUUUUGAUCAGUUUGUAUGUUAAUGUACACGAAAGAAUUAAAAAUAGUGUAAUCUGGUAGUGUAUAUUAAUGGAUCAGUAUAAUAAUUCUUCACCUUCAUACCCAUAUAACACUGGUUAUGGGUACCCUCCUCAUGUUCCACCACCUUCAAAUCAACCCUACCCCACUCCCAGUUCUGGUGCAUAUCCUCCUCCUGGUUCUGGUCCAUACUUGUAUCCUCAUCAGUCCCCUCAUUAUCCUCCCCCUUACAACACUCAACAUUCUGGUCACUACUAUAACUAUCAUCCCUAUCCACCAGCUCCAACAGCACCUCCAGCGCCCGCUCGCCACCACUCCAGUUCUUUAGACUAUGGUUAUCCUCCACCACUACAUGGUGUUGCUCCUGCCUAUCCACCUCACGCAUACCCGCCUCCUGCAACAUCUUCUCCUAUGCCUGCUCUUGAACAGCAAGGCAGUUUUCAAUAUGCUGCACCUCAGCAUUAUCCACAUUCCUGGCCAGAAAGGCCUUUGGAGAGCCAACCAUCCAAAGUUCACGACUCUCUCCAACGCCAAGAUAGUGUUUCAUCUGUUAGUAAUUCUGGGGCAAGCUAUGAUCAUGGUAGAGAUGACUCCUCCACUCGCCCUUCAGCUUAUCCACCAAUCCAUGAUCUCUUAGCAAAGGUGAAUUUGUCUGAAAAUCACCCUUCUGCCCCUGCUUCUCCUCCUGCUCCGGCAUCGGCAUCAUAUCACUUGGGGCCAAACCCUGUUUCCUCAAACUACAAUGCUCAAGGGACUAUCUAUGGCCAACCUAAUUCCUUUUCAAGUUGGGGAUCGGAGUCUCCAAAACCAACCUAUCCAACUUCUUGUGCUGAACCACAGAAUACUCAGGCUAUGCAGGUUGUGCCAUUCUCGCCUUCUAAAAAAAACUUAAAAGUUUUGCUCUUACACGGUAAUCUGGAUAUUUGGGUGUACGAAGCAAAAAAUCUCCCGAACAUGGACAUGUUCCACAAAACCAUUGGGGAUAUGUUUGGGCAAAUGAGUAAUAAGAUCACAAGUGAUCCGUACGUCUCAAUUACUGUAGCUGAUGCAGUGAUUGGCAGGACUUAUGUCAUAAGCAAUAAUGAAAAUCCCGUGUGGAUGCAACAUUUUAAUGUCCCUGUUGCACACUAUGCUGCCGAGGUACAAUUUCUUGUCAAGGACGAUGAUAUAGUAGGUUCUCAGCUUAUGGGGACAGUGGCUGUCCCACUAGAACAGAUAUAUGGAGGGGGUAAAAUAGAGGGGUCCUUUCCGAUCCUAAACAGUAGCGGACGACCUUGCAAGGCUGGAGCUGUUUUGAGUAUAUCAGUCCAAUAUUAUCCAAUUGAUAAAUUAAGUGUUUACCAUCAUGGAGUUGGUGCUGGUCCUGAGUAUUAUGGAGUUCCUGGAACCUACUUCCCACUGAGGAUGGGUGGAACAGUUACUCUGUAUCAAGAUGCUCAUGUUCCUGAUGGAAGCCUACCAAAUUUGAUGCUUGACUUUGGAAUGCAAUAUGUACAUGGAAAGUGCUGGCGUGACAUUUGUAAUGCCAUACGCCAAGCCCGACGGUUGAUCUACAUUACAGGUUGGUCAGUAUGGCACAAAGUCAGACUUGUUAGAGAUGAUGCUUCUCUUGACAGUUACACUCUAGGGGAUCUUUUGAAGUCAAAGUCACAAGAAGGUGUUAGAGUGCUGCUUCUUGUAUGGGAUGACCCUACAUCAAGAAGCAUCCUUGGCUAUAAGACGGAUGGCGUUAUGGCAACCCAUGAUGAAGAGACUCGUAGUUUUUUUAAACAUUCUUCUGUAAGAGUGCUGCUUUGUCCUCGAGUGGCAGGGAAGCGUCACAGUUGGGUCAAGCAGAGGGAAGUUGGAGUAAUUUAUACACAUCACCAGAAGACGGUAAUAGUGGAUGCUGAUGCUGGCAAUAAUCGAAGAAAAAUCAUAGCAUUUGUUGGAGGACUUGAUUUAUGUGAUGGACGAUAUGAUACACCAGAGCAUCCUCUCUUUCGAACACUGCAGACAGUGCACUCUGAUGACUAUCAUAACCCUACUUAUGCUGGGAGUGUAGCUGGUUGUCCUAGAGAACCAUGGCAUGACCUGCACAGUAAAAUUGAUGGGCCUGCAGCAUAUGAUGUUCUCUCAAACUUCGAGGAGCGCUGGUUGAAGGCUUCAAAGCCUCAUGGCAUUAAAAAGUUGAAGACAUCGUAUGAUGAUGCUUUGCUCCGAAUUGAAAGAAUGCCUGAAAUUCUUGGUAUUUCUGAUGCUCCAUCUGUGAGCGGCGAUGACCCUAACGGUUGGCAUGUACAGAUUUUUCGUUCAAUUGAUUCAAAUUCAGUCAAAGGCUUUCCAAAGGAUCCCAAAGAAGCUACAAUGAAGAACCUGGUCUGUGGGAAAAAUGUACUUAUUGACAUGAGCAUACACACAGCAUAUGUGAAGGCCAUUCGUGCUGCACAACAUUUCAUUUACAUUGAAAAUCAAUAUUUUAUUGGUUCCUCAUUCAAUUGGAGUCAACAUAAAGAUAUUGGUGCAAAUAAUCUGAUUCCAAUGGAAAUUGCACUAAAAAUAGCCGAAAAAAUCAGAGCACAUGAGAGGUUUGCAGUAUACAUUGUCCUCCCAAUGUGGCCAGAGGGUAAUCCAACUGGGGCUGCUACACAGAGAAUUCUUUAUUGGCAGAACAAGACAAUGCAAAUGAUGUAUGAGACUAUUUACAAGGCUUUAGAGGAGGUUGGUCUUGAGGAUGCAUACUCUCCAGAAGAUUAUUUGAAUUUCUACUGUCUUGGUAACCGUGAGGCUGGUAAUGUUGGGGGAACUGGGAGUCCCGGCACUGCAAACACUCCUCAGGCAUUCAGUCGAAAAAACUGCAGAUUCAUGAUUUACGUUCAUUCUAAGGGGAUGGUUGUGGAUGAUGAGUAUGUGAUAUUGGGAUCUGCAAACAUCAACCAGCGCUCCCUGGAGGGCACUAGAGACACAGAGAUAGCAAUGGGAGCAUAUCAACCUCAUCAUACAUGGGCAAGAAAACAGUCAAGACCCUUUGGACAGAUAUUUGGAUAUAGAAUGUCUCUGUGGGCUGAGCAUCUUGGAGUUGUUGAGGACUGCUUCACACAGCCGGAGUCGUUAGAAUGUGUAAGACGGGUCAGGUCCAUGGGUGAAUUUAACUGGAAGCAAUUUGCAGCUGAUGAAGUAACAGAAAUGAGAGGGCACCUCUUAAAAUACCCUGUUGAAGUUGAUCGCAAAGGUAAGGUGAAGAAUCUUCCUGGAUGUCCAAAUUUCCCAGAUGUUGGUGGAAACAUAAUAGGAUCCUUCGUUGCAAUUCAAGAAAACCUUACCAUUUGAUUUCUCCUUUUUUCCUGCAUAUCAUUGGUAGAGACUUUAAUUUGAACCCUGAAGAAAUUAUACAGCCUUGAUUAGUAUCUAAAGCAGUUUUCCAUUGAUUCAUACGGUUAACAAUUAGCCAGAGGAAGAGGGUGAUAAUGUUGAGUAUAGUAGAAAAUUGUACAGUUGCUAUUUCCGGUUUAAUUUUUAUGAUUUUGAAAGUCUGUAACAAGCUAGCAACAAUUUGUGAAUUUUAGCAUAGAUUGUACUAUUCAUUUUGAGGAUACAAGUGUGUUAAUCUUACUAACGGCUUCUAUCUUUAGGUCGGACUAUGGUGGUUUAAGGUUUUACUUUAUAUUUCAAAUUAAUGUCCAAAUGAUGUUGAUGUACGUAUUGUUCUUGAAAAAUUACGAGAGUGAGAAAUGUGCAAUUGAACAGCAGUAGUUUGGAAAUCA